AUGUCCGUGAUUUUCAUGAGAAUCGCCGCUGCCAUCGGCGUCCUACUUCACGUCACUCUGUCCACGGCAGAGUUCACCUCUUUGUGCUCAGACGUGUAUCUCGACAAGAACGACGCCAAUAUUCUGGUGACUCGGUGUACCAUGAACGGAGAACCUAGUGAUUCGCACUACGUCUGGAGCGAGUUUGACCUCAACAAGAUCCUGGGCUACCAGGCACCAUACAUAAUUUAUCAAAAGAAGUAUGUUGCCACGCCCCUGCACUGCGCAAGACAGCUUAUGAAGAGACCACUAACGGACAGUGGCAACUUCUCCCACGUUGUCCUGUGA